UCUUGGAGUACGGCGUGUGGCAGUGAAAGUGCAGGACGGUUUUAGCCCCACCCUGGGCCUUAGGACCCUGUCGGGGCACACGACUCGCGGCUUCCUGACUUCAAGGGGCUUUAGCGUAAGCAACGCUCUUAUACGUUUCACGCACAGAAUCAUCUGGGGCAGAUCGCCGUAGGUCCCGGACAUGGCAGCAUAAACCUGCGCCGUCGAUCAGCUCGCUUGUAGUUAUUACCUGGAAAUAAUACCGUAGCCGAUUAUUCUCAAUUGAUUUCUCAUAAAUCAAAUCGAUUCAAGACAUCGGCCUUUGGCGUAUUCGGCUUGUAGCGUGUUUCAUUUAAUUUUCGAUUCUGUACAACUCAAUUUACAUCUGCAUAUAGUUGAUGAUAACUGGUGUAGAUGAAACUGUCAAUGAUAAAAGUAAUAGUUCAUUCGAAGUUUAAAAGUUAACCAGGAAUCGGCAAAUAUGUGGUCACUGAAAUUAAUUUGAAUUUCAUCUGCGAUUACGACAUAAUUUUAAAAGCUAAAACACAGUGGUGGGGAGUAUAAUAAUUGUGCGGAUGUACAAUAUCUAUAGAGUGCAAAUUGUGUUUCAUGUUUCAUAAAUAAAUUAAUUCAUCGGCUGUAUAGUGAAAAUGAGACGGGCUCUUAGCAAUAUUUUACUGACGGUGCUCUUGAUGUGCGGUCAAUCCGAACCUUGUUCCGAAUACGGAUGUCCGCACCCACCCCCACAUCAACCUUUCGUUCCAGCCCUUCCAGGACACACACCAAGGUGUGCGAAACCCGGACAAACAUUUUGUGAGUCGCUGGAUCACUAUCCUCAGCAGCUGAUUCGGUUCCUCAUCGAUAAAUGGAGUUUUGACUACAGAACGCUACUUACUGACGAAUCGCGAGACGAAUUCAACUCGUACAGGUCGAACGGAACCAGAAUAUCACGGGGGUUACGAGUACCACAGACCGGAAGUAGCCCAAUUGUAUCCACAACCACUGCCAUUCCUGACACCGCAAUAUUCUUUCGGUCCACCGGCACCGAUUUACGGACCUCCGGCGAACCACACGCACCAACAAGGUUACAACUACCCAACACCAUCCAGGUCGCAGAACAACCCAUUCUUGCAGCACACUCCGGGAAUAUCUCAUCAGUUUUCCCAUAUUUCUCGUCAGCCUCAACAGAAUCCGUUCCUUUACACCCAGGCCCAGGAAUUGGAUCCUCUUGGGCAAAAUCAAGGCUGGUGGGCGAACAGAUACGUUCGAAGCCACGAGAGAAACGUAGUGCCGAAGAAGAGACGACCGAGUCGUUCGUUGCGGAAGAAUCCUCUCCUGGAUUUCGCAUCGGGAAUAAAAAUUCGCACCCGUCGUCAGGCGAACGCUUCGGUCCAAUCUACGUCACUCUGUUUGACAAAUUCGCAGUACAUAAUGCCAAAAGCAGCCCUCAACAACCGCGGGAACUGGAUGUACGUAGUAAACUUACAAGAACAAGGCGACGGGUACACCCAACUAGUUCGAAGCGAAACGUGCGCAUCGGAUACUUGCAACGGCUUGUGUUCCCUACCAACCGGCUACACAAGUAGGUGUCAACAGCAGUACGUCCAGAAAAGGCUCGUCGCUUUAGAAGGGAGUGGUGAUCGGCUUUACACCGAUGUAUUUUGGUUCCCACAUUGCUGUACGUGUCAAGUAAUGCUGAACAAUUGACUCAUGAUAAAUGGAAAAUCAAUACUAAAUUUCUUCUCUUGCGAGUGAAGCGAGGCGCGUUUAACGUAAAGGCGUUUCAACGAGAUUUUUACAGAUUUGCUCGAAUUCAGUGGGCAAUCAUCGUUCGUUCUUUAAGAAAAUUCACGACGACAAUCAUUCCGAAAUCUUAUCAUUUUUUUUCUCGUCGAAAGACCGAUGAGAUGAAAAAAUGAAAAAAAAACAAAACAAAACAAAAAAAAACAAAAUUACAAAC